UCCGCCGCGCGCCCCGCGCUCAGAUCCCGCUGCCACCCACGGUCCCCGGCGGCGCCUCGGGCCUCUUAGCCAUGAGGGUCCUGGGUGGGCGCUGCGGGGCACUGCUGGCGUGCCUCGCCUUGGUGCUUCCCGUCUCGGAGGCCAACUUUUUGUCAAAGCAACGUGCUUCUCAAGUCCUGGUUAGGAAACGCCGUGCAAACUCACUAUUUGAAGAAACCAAAAAGGGCAACCUUGAAAGAGAAUGUAUUGAAGAACUGUGCAACAAAGAAGAAGCCAGGGAGGUCUUUGAAAAUGACCCCGAAACGGAUUAUUUUUAUCCAAAGUACUUAGGUUGUGUCGGUGCUUUCCGAGCGAAAUCCGCCACUACUGCCCUUCAAAAAGCUAAUGUUUAUCCUGAUCUAAGGAGCUGUGUCAAUGCCAUUCCAGACCAGUGCAAUCCUCAGCCAUGCAAUGAAGAUGGAUUUAAAAAAUGCAUAGAUGGCCAAGCUACAUUCACUUGCAUUUGUAAAUCAGGCUGGCAAGGGGAGACAUGUGAAUUUGAUAUAAAUGAAUGCAAAGAUCCCUCAAAUUUCAAUGGAGGUUGCAACCAGAUAUGUGAUAAUACACCUGGAAGUUACCAUUGUUCCUGUAAAAGUGGUUAUGUUUUGCUUUCAAAUAAGAAGAACUGUAGAGAUGUGGAUGAAUGCUCUAUAAAGCCAAGCAUUUGUGGCACAGCUGUGUGCAAGAACCUCCCAGGAGACUUUGAAUGUGAAUGUGCUGAAGGCUACAGAUAUAAUCCCAAAUCAAUGUCUUGUGAAGAUGUGGAUGAAUGCUCAGAGAACAUAUGUGCUCAACUCUGUGUGAAUCACCCUGGAGGUUACUCUUGUUAUUGUGAUGGGAAGAAAGGAUUCAAACUUGCCCAAGAUCAGAAGAGUUGUGAGGCUGUUCCAGUGUGCCUUCCCUUGAACUUGGACAAAAAUUAUGAAUUACUUUACUUGGCUGAGCAAUUUGUAGGGGUUGUUUUAUAUUUAAAAUUUCGUUUGCCAGAAAUCACCAGAUUUUCAGCCGAAUUUGAUUUUCGGACAUACGAUUCAGAAGGAGUUAUCCUAUACACAGAGUCUCUGGAUCACUCGGCUUGGUUCCUGAUUGCUCUUCGUGAUGGAAAGAUUGAGAUUCAAUUUAAGAAUGAGUAUACAACCAAAAUCACAACUGGAGGCAAAAUUAUUAAUACUGGUCUGUGGAAUAUUGUUUCUGUGGAAGAAUUAGAACACAGUAUUAGUGUUAAGAUAGCUAAGGAAGCUGUGAUGAAUAUAAAUAAACCUGCAAAUCUUUUUAAGCCUACAAAUGGAUUUCUGGAAACCAAAGUAUACUUUGCAGGAUUACCUCGGAAAAUGGAGAAUGCACUCAUUAAACCGAUUAACCCUCGUCUAGAUGGAUGUAUACGAGGCUGGAAUUUGAUGAAUCAAGGAGCUUCAGGAGUAAAGGAAAUUAUUCAAGAAAAACAGAAUAAACAUUGUUUUGUCAAUGUGGAGAAGGGUUCCUACUAUCCUGGUUCUGGAGUGGCUCAAUUUAGCAUAGAUUAUAAUAACAUUUCAGACUCUGAAACUUGGCAGGUAAAUGUGACCAUGAAUAUUCGCCCAUCUGCGGGUACUGGUGUUUUGUUUGCCUUGGUUUCUGGUGACACAGUGCCUUUCGCCUUGUCCUUGGUGGAUUCGACCUCUGAAAAACUUCAGGAUAUUCUGGUAUCUGUUAAAAAUGUGGUAGUAGCUCGAGUACAAGCCGUAAGUCUGUGUUCCAGCCAACAAACUCAUUUGGAAUUCAGAGUCAACAGAAACAAUCUGGAGUUGUGGACUCCAUUUGAAAAAGAUAUUAUCUAUUCAGAAGACCUUCAAAAAGAGCUUGCUAUCCUGGACAGAGCAAUGAAAGAAACAGUGACGACUUACCUGGGAGGCAUUCCCGAUGUUCCAUUCAGUGCUAUCCCAGUGAAUGCCUUCUAUAAUGGCUGUAUGGAAGUAAACAUCAAUGGUAUUCAGUUGGAUCUGGAUGAAGCCGAUGCUAAACAUAAUGAUAUUAGAGCUCACUCAUGUCCAUCACUUUGGAAAGACACACAGAAUCAUUAAGGCAUCCUUUUCAGCUGAUAAUAUCUUUUUUCCUGUGUGUAAUUAUGCUUAUGUUUCAAUAAUAGAUGGAGGGUUUUACCUACCAUGUGUACACCUUGAUUAUUUUGUGAUGCUUUGACCUUCCUGGAAUUUUAAAAAGGUUCUUUAAGAAAACAAAAUUCUCUUGUGAUAUAAAACACAUUAAAAAAUCUUAUCUGUUUCUGUCUAGAAAUUAAAUAAUGAAACCUACAAAGCAUUUUAAUUUGAAUUCUUCUGCUACAAAUGACAUUUCUUCAUUUUGUAAAAGUAAAGUGUAAUUUUUAUUAUCAUAAACUAGUGUUUGAAUAUCUAUUUUUCUGGGAAGGUAAGGAAGUAAACCCAAACAAAAAUGCUAUGACUAAAUACUAUUUAUCAUAGUAGAUAUGACUUUAUUUGAUUUUUUUUUUUUUCCCGAAAGAAAGCAGACGACACAGUGGCUUAUUAUUAUGAAUUGAGCGGAAGGCCUUAAAACUUUGUUCUAAAACAGUUUCUCAGGAGAUCAGCUUUAACCUCAUUUUUCUUCUACCUGACUUCACAUCUAACCGGUAGUUUUAAUGAAUUAGAAAACAAGUGGAACAAAUUUUCAUGAGUCUUGCUGAAUCUUGAAUCUUGCUGGUUAGCAUGUGGGUUCAAUGAGGAUGAGGUAGUGGAUUACAUCAGAGUGGGUGUGGAAACCUAAAUAGUUUAAAUUUGGCUGUGUUGGUCACACAAUCUCUAGAUUAGAAAAGGUAGAAUUUAAUGAUCUAAAGAAAAAUUAGUAAUGUGGAAGUCCAUAGUUUUUUGACCUCAACUUUAACUGUCAGAGUUGCCAGAAUGUAAUUAUUGAAAGACAAAAUGAUCUUUGAAACUAGAGCAGUGUGUAAUCCAAGGAUAUCUACAAAAGGACACAUUUAACACUGUCUUUAUAAGAAAGAAUGAAGUAAUAUUGCCACAUACUUGUUGGCAGUGCAUUUUGAGUGGGAGUUUUAUCACUCCCAAACCUAUAAUUCACAUUAGAAAUGCAUCAUGUUUCAUUCACAG